UGUAUAUGGAUUUGUGACUUAAAAUUUUAUUUUUAAUAAGUGAUGCGUAUUAACAAUUUUAGUGCGAAUAAGCUUACAACAAGAAAUAAUUGAAAAGAAGAAAUAAAAGAAAAUUUUGAGUGUUUCACUGCUUGAAAAUUUAUAGAUCAAAUUAGAACACUGGAACAAAAACCGUUCACAACGUUAAACUUUACGGAUCUAGAAUCCCCGUUUGGGGAUACGAGUGAGGAUCCGCCGUCGACACCACAAAUGUCGGGUGAACCACCGGAUCAUCAAGGCCAUCAUAUUGGCCCACCGACGCCACAUGAUUCGAGUACAAAUACACCGGUUUCGAAAUCAGCGUUUAUUGAAUUACAACAUCAUGGUUAUGGACCGUUACGAACGUCCGGAUAUCAGCAUCAUUUUACACCGCCGAAUGGUGGAAAUGGGAAUUUAUCUGGGGGCCAUGAUGCUUUUUCGGGAGCACGUGGAGCAUUGGCGUACACAUUUCCUGGCAUGCAUCAAAAUUCUUAUUCGAGUUAUCAUUUAGGCAGCUAUGCGAAUUGCCCACCGUCACCUAAAGAGGACGAUAAAUGUGCAUUGGGUUUAGAUCGUAUCGGCAGUGGCGGUGGUGGUUUAGGCAGUGGCGGUGGGUUAGGUGGUACAGGGGGUAGUAGUAAGGGGAAAAAGAUGCGAAAACCUCGUACGAUAUAUUCAAGUUUGCAGUUGCAGCAAUUGAAUAGACGUUUUCAACGUACACAAUAUUUAGCAUUACCUGAACGUGCUGAAUUAGCAGCAAGUCUAGGACUUACACAAACUCAGGUUAAAAUAUGGUUUCAAAAUAGAAGAAGUAAAUACAAGAAAAUGAUGAAAGCAGCACAACAAGUUCCUGGUGGUUCAAAUAAUAAUGGAUCUGGGGGAGGUGUUCCUAAUCAUGGAUCCGGUCUUAUGAGUACGCCUGGUGGUUUACCGUCUGGUAGUCCGGGUCCAGGACAAAUGCUACCUGGUGGUGGCAGUUCGAAUAGUUCCCCGUCCAAUAAUGCCAAUUACAUGAUGAACUCCCCAACACCAAGUUCGACGCCUGGCAGUGAUAUUAGUGGUACACCAUUAUCGUCCCAUGGUGGUGGCGGUGGUGGAAUGCAAUCCCAACAUCAUAUACCAUCGCUUCAACAGAGUCUUGGUGGUGGACCUGGUGGUGGUCCAGGCGGUGGUGGACCUGGAAGUACCGGUACACCUCCACCUCCACAUUCACAUCAUGGUGCAUGGCAAGAUUUAAAACCCCCGCCAUCGCAUCAUAUACCCCCGUUACAUGCACAUGCGCAUUCACAGGGUGGUGGAGGCGGUGGUGGCGGUGGUGUACAUGGUUUACAAGGUCAAACAACACAUCAUCCUGGAUAUUUACCACAAUAUUCAUGGUAUGCUGGUGAUAAUCCUGCACCAGCUAGUUUAUUAACAGUAUGGCCUGCUGUUUAACAGUGUUAAACAAUUUAAUUAAAUUAAAC